AUGGACGAAACUCAGUUGACAGUCGUCAUUGUGGGCGGUAGUGUAUCCGGUCUUUCUCUGGCUAACAUGCUGGAGAAGGCUGGAAUACGCUUCGUCUUACUGGAAGCGAACGAUGACAUCGCACCACAAGUUGGCGCCAGUAUUGGCCUUCAGCCAAAUGGGCUCAGAAUUCUUGACCAGCUCGGAUGUGCCGACGAAGUUUUGUCGUUGGUCGACACGCCAUUGCAAGACGUAUUCGUCCGGGUCUCGGACGGAUCUGCAAUCGCCCAUCAUAAGAAAUUCCAUGAUAACUUUAUGGCGAGGCACGGGUAUCCCACCAUCUUCAUCGAUCGACAGAUGCUUUUGGAGACUCUUUACAACAAUUUGGAAUCUAAAGCUUCGGUUUUAACCGGUCAGCGGGUCGAAUCCAUCACCAGACUUGAUGAUUUCGUUCAAGUAGUCACCAGUAAGGGUGACACCUUCCGAGGCGAUAUCCUAGUGGGCGCGGAUGGAAUCUACAGCACCGUACGAAGGGAGAUGUGGCGCCUCGGCAAUGAGAUGUCGCCUGGGUAUUUCCCCUUGGAUGAGUGGUCAAAGGUUCCGUGCUACUACAAAUGCAUUUUCGGGAUAUCUCGGCCCAUAGCGGCACUAACACAAGGAGUGCAUUAUGUGAUGAACCAUUACUACUCUUAUUUGAUCAUCACCGGCCCUGGUGAGAGGGUGUACUGGUUUCUUCUGGUCAAAUUGGAUGUCCCGCUGUUUGGAAAUGACAUUCCACGAUACAGUAAGAGCGAUGAAGAAGCACUCGCUCGGCAACACGCGUCAGACCCAAUCACAUCGUCUAUCACAUUCGGUCAGCUUUACGAGGCUAGGACAAGCUCCGUUCUGACUCCGCUGCACGAGUAUGUUUUCGAAAAAUGGCAUUUUGAGCGUGUCAUCACGAUCGGCGACGCGGCUCACAAGUUUGAACCCUUGACUGGACACGGGGGUAACAGUGCCAUCGAAACUGCGGCAACAUUGACAAAUCACUUGUUCCCAAAGAAGGAUUCUGACUUGACUCGCUCGGACAUUCAGGCUAUCUUCAGCAAUACGCAAAACGAUCGGUUCAAACGUGUGUCAUUUCUUGUGGCGGAUGCUCAUGCCCAGCAGCAGAAUGAUGCACUCGAAACACCACUCCUGGCAUUGAUGGCGCGGGUUCUCCCACGUAUAAUGAGCCAGGAAUAUACUCUUCAGCUUGGGUCUAACAAACUUGUCGGUGCUACCCGUCUUGACAUGGUUGCCGUCCCCAAACGUGGGCAUUUGAUUCCUUUCGAUGACGAGCUCCCAGCCACGCCACUGGGCUCGACCUGGCUUCCUACUAGCCUCGCUGCGAUAUGCCAGUGCGCAUUAUACUGUCUUUCUAACAAAAUUAUGUUGCCAUUGGAAGUACCUCAAUCAUUCGCCGGUGCUCCACUGAGGCAACAGUAUCUAGGGAUCCGGGUCCUAGAUAAACUCUUAUCAACGCUGGUAUCCAUCUUUGGAGUGCCGCUUGCAGGACCAAACCGUGCACAGAACCUGCAACUGAUAUACUUCACGCCGUCCGUCUCUAUUUGGGAUCGCAUACCAAGUCCUGGGGAUUGGCCGAAUUGCCCCACUCUACAAUUUGGCAACCAUUCUCACAUAUCUGCCGAUGCUUUGAUUCCUAGCUUCACCCUAGGUUACAUACUACCUACCGUAUUUAUGUUUAGGCCUCUUCAGAACAAGGAUACUUGGCAGGCAUUUGUCGCUUUAUGGCAGCCUUUCCCGGCCCUUGUCGGUCUCCUCACUAGCGGAUUAUCAAGUUUGUCUCGUCGUCGCAAAAUUGCAGGCAAGGAUGAUAUGUCUACAAAUCAAAUGAAGAAAAGGGAGCAGCCCCGGGGGAACAUCACCCCGACAAGUUUGAGACUAGUCUACACGGUUGGUACCUCAGCAACGGCCCUGGUUCACUUUUGGUCCAUUUACCGCAUUUGGAAAAGCCCCGGGAUGUCGUUUUCUCAAGUUUUCGGGGGACUUGGCGGGCUAAUCUCUACGGCCCACGCUUCCGGCCCUCAAGACGACAUUCUUCUGUUUUUUCAACGAGACUUGUUCUUGAAUGUCACUUCUGUUCUUGUUCAAAGUAUUUACCGCAUUUUCCAUCUGCGGUCUUUGGGAUAUAUCACAACCAGAGAGACAGGGAUUGCUUCUGCAACCACGGUCUUGGCUCAAGUAAUCAUCGGCCCAGCUGCUGCUCACAUUGGUCUUUGCGGAUGGAGGGAAGAAGUCUUUUCACGGGUGAACCGACGGAUUCGUGACUAG